AUGCGCCUCGCACUCGUCCCCGCCGCCUCGUUCCUCUCGCAGCCCGCGCCCUCCGCCUCGGACCCGCCCCUCGUCUUCAUCGACCGCGAACCCUUCCUCGUCGAGCUCCAGGGCUCCCUCGAGGGCCCGACGGGCGAACCCUCGGCCGGCAUAGAGGCCUCGAAAGCACCACACCUCAUCGACGGCGCCCGCGUCGGCAAGGUCGACCUCUCCGACCCGAAGAAACCCGUCUUGCGCAUCGCCCACCACCGCCUCGAGGGCAAACUCGAGACGCUCCUCACCCCGUACGCCCUCCUCCGCACCUCGCGCGCUCCCCCACCCUCGUCCGACGACACCGCCGAGCCCGCCUCCAAGCGCCCACGCCUCUCGCCCUCGCCUGGCCCACCAACGACGACGCCGACGCCGACGACGACGACGACGACGACCCGCAUCGAGCUCGUCGCCCUCAUCCGGCGCAAGCUCGUCUUCUCAAAACGGCCCGAACCCCUCGUCGACGUCUCGAGCGAGGCCGACCCGCUCUUUGCCGACAAGAAGCGCCGUGCGCUCGCCGAGGGGGCGGGAGGGGGCGCCGCAAAAAGGGCGAGGGACGACAGGGAGAGGGACAGGGGCGGCGCCGCGGCGGGUGCAGGUGCGGGUGCGGGUGUCGGGGCGGGCGCCGGCGGGGGUGCGGGUGCGACGACAAAGGCGCCGGCCAAGGGCGGCUUCUUUGCGCCGAGAAAGGCGCCGACGGCGACGGCGAGUGCGGCGGGAGGUCCGACAGGAGGCGCGACAGGAGGGAGCGCCGAGGGCGCACCACGGGCGCCGGGCGGCGGUGCGGCGUAG